CUCUCGCCGCCGCCCCGUAAUAUCGUUUUCUUUCCGGCGAUAAUAUCGCGCGUGCGACUUAACCCGUAUAUUGUUAACCCGCGCGCCACGCGUUGCCCGACGCGAAAUAUCACCGCAGUGCGCUCGGCGAUGACACGGCCGUCGGUGGGACGUGCGCAACGGCAUCCGCGGCUCUCGGCCGCGCCGCCGAUAAGCCAACGGUAAUAUUGUAAUCGGUUGUUGACAGUUACCGUCGGUAUCGUUUUUUCCCCCGCGCCCGGCCGGGUCGUCGGCGUUCCGGACUCGCGACCGAACCCCGGAAGUGCGAAGUGACGUGCGUCGUCGCUGCGGAGCGGCGGCAAUAUCGUUGUAAAAUAAUCGGAUAAUGGCGACGCGGCGGACCGCGACCGCCGUCCGUUGAAACCGCAGCCGCCGCCGCCGCCGCCUUCGCCGAGGCUAUCGCCGCGAACAGCCGUCGCCCGGGUGUGAUGGCAAGCGUGGGCCAUUCCAAGGUGUUUAUACUAGACAAAUACUUCACGGAGCUACAGAAGUUCUGGGAGACCGAGAUCAAGUUGCAAGGUACGCUUACAUCGCGUGUACGCGCGCCUAAAAACGUCGACUGCGUGUCGGUUACAGGUUUAGAAAGAAUGUUCUCCCGAAACUGGAGACAUUUCGGUUUCCGUUCGUUGUUUCCUAUCGAUCGGCGGUCUAUUUUAAUAAUAUACGGCCGCUGUGUAUGAAAAUCUGCUGAGUAGUUAGUGGCGGAUCAAACUGUUUUUUUUUUAUUUGGGGGGGGGGUCGGUCGUAUUUAUCGCGUAGGGUCAUUAACGGGAGGCGGUCAAGAGACGCAAUCAUGAGGCGUAAUCGAUACAAAUAAAAAUGUGAACGUCGGUACGAGUAUUGGCCAUUUGCCACCUAUCCCCCUCCCCAUCCCCCGAUACAUUUUUUCGUGCGUCUUUGCCCGGAGUAAACACCAGGCCUUAUAGACUAAUGGGAUGCAUUGACACGGUGGGCAUAUGUGGGCCGGUGUUCUACAUGCGUGUAAUAAAAUCGAUUUACGAAUAAUACUGAAAAAUAUCGUCUGUACAGAUCGGAUAGACUUUUAAUUUAUUGAUCGGCCGGACCGUCCGGUUCGCCCGUCGUUCGAAAUUCCUUAAAAUAUCUUACGGCCUCUGUCGCGACAGGUACGCGUAGCCGCAUAGAGGGGCAAGAUAGUUGAAAAAAAGUAUCUAGAUACAAGAUACUAGAUACGUUCAUAUUUACUUCUACAUAAAAGAUACAAGAUACAUUCCAUGUUUCCCAAAAGAUACUAAAUACUAGAUACUGUUUUUCCUCCCUUUUAGAUACAAGAUUCAAGAUACUAGAUAUUAAAUACUGUAUCUAACAUACAGGACACAUUUAUAAUAAGAAACUUAUAGUAUGUCAUAGUACUUAUACUACGAUGAUAGGUUUUAACUUUGUUUUCAACGAAAUAAAAAAUAAAAACGUAUUACACAUAAUACUGUGAAAAAAAAUACUCAACAAAAUACGAAAAUCAGAAUAUAUAAUAUCAAAAAUGUCAUAUAAUCCCAAAAAAUGUAACCGUUGUAAUGUAAUUAUUGUAAAUUGAAAAAAUAAACAAAUCGUAAUUUGUAACUAGUAUCUAGAAUAUUUACAAAAAAAAAAAGAUACAAGAUACAAAUGUAUCUAAGAUACGUAUUAGAGAUACCAGUAUCACAGAUACUGCCCAUCCUUACGUAUAGGUACACCUUUUGUACAUUUUUUUUUUUUUAAUUUCACAUACAUAUUAUUAUAAAUAUUACAAUGCGCCGGCCGGCGGUUUUAUUAACCGCGAUUAUUGCGUCGUCGAGAAAGUGUCGCGGUCGGUUUUUUUUGUCCGGGACGAAAACUCCGCGCAGGUCAAUCUGUCCGUCGCUCUCGCCGUUCGCGGAGCGACUUUUUUAACGGCGCAAUUUAUCGCGCCGGACACGGCCGCCGUCGCCGCGGCAAUAACAACGCGUAAUAAAAAAAUAAAAACGCGAUUCGCGUUCCCGUAAAAACAAUAAAUAAAAUACGAUCGGUCGCGUGCGUUUAACGACGGCCGCAAUAGUAUUCGCGUUAACGAGCGUUGAAGUAUAAAUGAGUACGCCGCAGAGCCGUACCCGUCCGAGUGACCUAUAAUUGAUUUUUACCGCGCUCGCCCGACUUUGCUGGGCAGUCGAAAAAGCUUGGCGAUAAAUGAUUUCGUAACGUCGGACGAUCAAUCGCGGCUAUUCAAAAUCGUAACACAGUAAGUCACAAAAUUCGCAAAUUUUACAGUAGAGACGUUUUAGUAAUGAUUACUCGUCUAACGCGGACAGGUGCGCCGUGUACAGGGGGGCUCUGGGGCUGCAGCCUCCCAUGAUCUUGAUAAGUCGGAUCUCAGUCUCCCCAUGGUUCUCAUUUUAUCAAAAAAAAAUCAACAUUUGUCAUGCACAUCCUCAAAAUAUUAAUUUUAUUUAUAACAAAUUAAUUGAGAAAGAUAAACCUUUUUUUUUUUUUUUUUUGAUGUUGGUAGAAGAGAAUAAGUGUGUGGAUUUUGGUAAUCGACCAGGUUCUUGGUUAACUGAAGUUUGGUGUCGGGCAUUUUUUAAUUUUUAUCUUGUGAUUUUUCGCGAUGCUAAUAAUACUAUUAAAAUGUUAUAACAAACAACUAUAUUUUAGUAAUUGUUUAACGAACAAUUUAUGACAAAUAAAAAAGAAGUAUAUGUUUAGAUAUAAGUAAACCUGUACAUGUGGGUAUAAAAUAGUGAGUCCUUCCCCUCAUGACAUUUUCAAAACCCGGCAUUUCUGAACGCGAAUCACGGCUUACAGUUUAUUGCGAUUUCGAAUCGUUAAUCCCGGAAAAAAUUUAAAAUAUAUUUCGACCGAAAGCGCGAUAUCGAAAAAUCUGCGCGGUUCGAUUCGGAUCGGAACAAUGUCGGACAAUAUUGAUAUAAGGGGACGUCUGCAGCUGAAACUGUGUUAUGUUUUUGGACAGUUCGCGGUUGUCGCGCGGUCGAUUGGUCGAAAAUAAUAAUAAAAUAUUGUUUGCCGGACAUAAAAAAAAAAAAAAAAAAAAAAAAACGUUAUUCGAGAGAGAGAUGGAGAGAGAGAGAGAGAUACACAAUUAUCGUUAUUAUGCACUGCACGGCCACCACUACUACUGUACACUCUACCACCUACCUAAUAUGUAUACCAUUCUUACUAAAAAACUUACCAUGUACGCGUAUACCGUGUACAAUUAUUAUAUAGGCAUACGUAAAUUAUCAUAAUAUUGUUUCCCCGGGGCGCAGGACUGUUGCAGCGGCAUGUGCGUCAGGUCGUAUAAUAGGUGUGCGCGCGCGCGCGCGUGUAUGUGUGUGUGUAUGUGUAUGUGUGUGUGCUUGUGUGUGUGCGCGCGCGUGUGUACUUAUACCUUAAUUUGUAUUUGUAAAAAACCGAAAAGACCGCGUCAUUGAAGAUGAUGUCUUCUUAAAAAUCGUGUACAUAUGCGCGUAUGUUUGUGUUCCCGACAAAAAUAUUAUAUACGAACGCGAGCACGCCGCGGCUAUAAUAUAAGCCGGGUACACUGGAUAUUAUUUAGGCGUAUUACGUACAGAGAAUAGAGCAAAACGUGUUUCGACAUACUUACAAAUAUAAUAUAAUAAUAUUAUAAACGGGCGGAACAAAACGGACAUUAAUCAACGGGGAAACAAAACGAAAACGUUAAGUUUUUCUAAUUUAUCAAAAAAAAAAAAAAAACCAACCGUCAGCCUAACAAUCUCCGUGCAUAUAUAUAUAUAUAUAUAUAGGUGUGUGUAUCGGUCAGAACGCGUCUCGACUGUAGCGAUUAUUAUAUACAAAAAAAAAAAAUCUAUAAAAACUCGAAAUAGGUAAAAAAAAAAAAAAACGGGUUGUUAUAAAACGUUGCGGAAUAUAUCGAUCAAAAUCUCCGCUCGACUCGAAUUCCUUAUUGCGUACCUAGGUAUAAUAAUAUAAUACCAUUAUUUUAUUUACGACCUACAAUAAAAAAAAAAAAAUUUAUUUUUUGCGCGCGUGUAAUAAUUCGUAGGCAGAUUUUUAUUAUUAUUAUUAUAUUCUAUAAAAACUAACGAGCAAUUUCGUUUUUCGAAUUAAGUUUUUGUAAAUACAGUGAAAACUCUUUACUAUAACGAAUCUUAAGGGACCAAGAGAUUUCUUUCGUUAAACAUACAGAGUUUUCGCAAUGGAGAAGGUUAACGUAUAAAGCGAACUGACCAUUAUUAAGUAAGUUUUACGUUACACAAGGUUUUUCGUUAAAAAGAGUUCUCCGCGCAACAUCCAAAUUUAAUUUUACCAAUCAUGUCAUUUUGCAAACAUUCGGGUCUUAUUUAUUGAUUAUUAUAUCCUCUCCCCGCUCUCAACUGUCGAGAUUAAUCGUUUUUACAAGAAACAAAAAGAAAACUAUACGCAAAUGAAUCGUCGAAAUAACGCCUGUACACAGGUCGUAACUGUUACGUUUAAGGAUUUUCGAUCCACACUCGAUUCAAUCGACCGAAGCGAAUUAAGGGGAUUGGAAGCGACGAGUUUCUGUCUUUGUCUUGCACACGUGAGAUAUAGUGAUUCAGACGUAUUUUAAUUCUAACGUACCGAUUGAUCUAGUGAAGCGGAAAGAAUUCUGGAAAGAGAUUUGAAUUUGUAACAAAGUCUACUUGAGUACGUCUUUUUUCCUUUUUAAAUUUAUCCCCUUUAAAUUCUAAAAAAAAAACCCAUAUGAAAAAAUGGAAUAGUUUAAUUUUCGAGAAUCAAAAAUUAAAAACGUGGAAAAAUCAACUUCCAAUAGACUUCACGAAAAAUUCAAAUCUGUUUCCAGAACUCUUAUCGCUUCACUAGAUCAAUCGGUACGUUGGAAUUGAAACACGUCUAAAUCCCUAUAUCUCACGUGUGUAAGACAAAGAUAGAAACUCGUCACUUCCAACCUCCUUAAGUAAACCCGCAGCAAAAUGGAAACGGAUAAGUCGUUCGCGUAUGUAAGGUAUUAUUAUUAUUGUUUCGCCGUGACCGGUGUGUUUUUUUUUUUUUUUAUCAACUCCUUUUCGAUAUUUAUCACGUCCGUGGAUGUGCAGUGCAGCGUACGCGAAUUUUACGACGUCCGAUAAUAGAUUUCCCGACGGUACAUAGCCGCACGCGAUGCGGGGCGUAAGAUAUUAUUGUUAUUAUUAUUAAUCAUCGUUAUCAUCGUUUCUGCGCGGUGUUUCUCUGCGAGUUUGAAAAAAUCGUCGCGGUCAUCUCGCGAUUGAUAAAAAUAAAAUAAAAUAUAUCGCACACGCCGUGUUAUAAUUUAUAUUAUUUGUAUAUUGUUCGCGAGCGUACACGCAGUUCUGCGGGUAUAGUGUGUGUGUGUGUGUGUGUGUGUCGGGUUUAAACGAUUUUAUCAAUGACAAUACAUAUUUUUUUUAUUAUUAUUGUCUGUGCGUGCGUGCGUGCGUGCGUGCGUGCGUGUAUUAUAGUAGUGUAAUGUACGAGUGUCGGUCCGUCCAGACGGUUUCGUUCAAGGACGGGGCCCCGGCGUCCGACAUUUAUGGAGUCCGGUCUGAAGGGCGAGCACGACGCGUAUUAUUAUUAUUAUUAUUAUACAACAUUGUAAUAUACAAUGUGUACCCAAACACGUCGUCGUCGUCGUCGUCGUACGGGGCUCGGCCGGCCUGCGGCGAACCGCCGGCAAUCUUCGCCGAUUUGGAAUUUUUUUUUUUUUUUUCUUUCUCGUUUCUUUUUCGCCGUCUCUCCUCCCCCUCCCCCCCUCCCCCUCGCCCGUCGCGAACGCAUCGCGUUGGACGCGAGGCACAGGGCGAACGCGCGAAGUAAAUACGAAACGCGGCGAAAAUCGGCACACGGCAACGGUCCCGAUUCGCGCGGCCGGUCGGUCGGUCAUUACAUUACACGGGUAUUGUGCUAUUAUCGCGUACGCGUUACGCGGGUAUAACGUCUCCGAGGACCGUGCAGAAUAAUAAAUAAUACGCGUAUUUUAAUGGGGUACGGGCGCACCGAGCACCGUCGCCGCGUCUCCGUCUCCGUCUCCGUCACUCUCUCUCACUCUCUCUCACUCACUCUCACUCACUCUCCAAAGUCUCUCUCUCUCUCUCCGUGUCCGUACCUGUUGCUGCCUCCCGCGCGUAAUGUAAUAUUAUAAAUCACUCGACAAGAGCCCGGCGUGAAGCGACGGCCGCGGCGCGCGGGCACGCCGCCCGGUCUCUCCGGGCCGUCGCGGUCGGCUCCUUUGACUCCGGGAUACUUCCCACAGAACGUCGCACGAAACCCAAACUGCGCGUACACACGCCGGCGAGCGCGCGCGGAUUGAUUAUUAGGUUUGUUUUUUUUUCUCGUGUCCCACAGUUCUCAAGGUCCUACCCUAACCGACGCCCGUACGUACAGUGCACGAACGGAUGACCGUAAUGUUAUUUCUUCACCCCCCGCUCGUUCCUCCGGCCGUUUUCCGUUCUCGUCAACGCACGCCCGCGACGACAAUAGGGACCCCCAAGAAAAUCCGACACGCCGAGGCGGCCGGUACCUAAACGCACGCACGCGCGCGCGAGCGCACAUAUUGUUAUUAUGCUUUCGGAGACUCGGGGUUCUCGAAAAACGCGCGUACCUACUAGUUUUACGACCGAAACUCGACGGUUUUAUUAUGAUAUUGUUAUUAUAUUGUAGUUUUUGUCGAAAAUGAAAAAAAUAAAUAAAUAAAUAAUAAUAAUAACGUUCGAAUUCGUCGACGACCCGGUCCGGGGCCCCGCACGGCCGCGAUAUAACGAUAAAUAAUCACGUUGUAGUCCGAGCACCCGCCCGAUAUAGUACCGUUUUAUAGUAUGCCGAGCAUGCCGAUAAUGUUCGGUACCGAUUUUCCGCAAGCGUCUCUAUUAUUGCCGGUGCGUACGGUACGAAUGAAUCGCGCACGUGUACGGCCGUUUGCCGUGACAAAAUAAUGUACACAUAUUUUGCAACGUGUAUUUCUCCCCGUCGUAAAAAACAGCAGGUAUACGUCCGAUUUCUAUAAACCGUAACGAUAUUAUUAUGUGCGGGCGUUUAUGUAUGGACGUUUCCGGUUUUAAUGUGCGACUGCGGCGGGUACAGCCGCUGCGGCCGUCCCGCCCGGCGAUUUAGUUUCCGAUUUUUUUUUUUUUUUUUAAUUUUUUUAUUCCGUCAACCAUUACGUGUCUAUCUAAUUUGAAAAUCUUUUCGAAAUCCAAAAAUCAAUAAAACCAAACGCGUUUUUACGUGCACAUCCUACUAUAUUUAAUAUGUCACGAUUCACCGUCGUAAAAACCAAUAGUUAACAUAUUUUUAUUUAUUUAUUUUUUUUUUCUGUUAAUUCUGCGCGGUCAUUCAGGAACGCACCGGUGUUACAUGUGUUUUGUUUUUUUUCAAUCAACUUUCUUGUAGCACUUUUUUUAUCUAGUCUGUGCAUUGAUCAUUUUUUGAUUUUCCUCGUAAUUUUCUUAAGGGAACGCCACACCGGCAUCUACAACUGUCUCCGUUUUACAAACGCAACACAUAGCAAAUUUGCGUUCAGUAGUAAAGCAAAUUAGUUUAUUUUACCAAACUUAAAACUAAGACGAUUAUAGUAUAUGCCCUAGCGUUGAUUUUUUUUGAUAAUUUUAUUUUUGAGCAAAAUAUAAUCAUUUUUAAAUUGUGAUAUCAUGUCUGGUUUAAAAAUAAAAAUAACGAAAAAUCGAUUGCGCACAACCUUGUAAUCGUUUUACUUAAAUUUUUGGUAAUAGGUCAAUGUGCUUCAAUAUUAAAACUCACGGCACAAAAUUUGUCCUAUUGAACACAAAUUUGCUAUGAAGAAAAUAUCGAGUGUAAUAAGUAAUAAUAUUUUUUUUUCUCCCAAAUGACCUCCUUGAAGUACCUUGCCAGUGAGAUUUCCUUUCGGAAAAAGAGCUAUCAUUGUAAAUCGUAGCAAAAUUGCUGAUAUAAACGUUGCCAAAAAAAAUAAAAAAUAAAAAAAAAUAAACAUCAUUGUACAACCAAUACAUAUUUCUCGCUCUGCUCAGAAUCUAAAAACGUUUAACCGCGAGCGUCGCUAGAAAUAUUCGUCUGUUCGUCACAGUGUUUUUUUGUGUACACACAACAAAACCGAGAGAUUCGAGUUUACAUACGAUUCGUAAAGGACACACGUGUUGAAUCUGGGCAAUGCGAUUUUAUACACGGGUAUAUACGCGUAUUGUACCUAUACGUGAUUUUACAAUAAUCGUUUACGAGCAGUGGACCGUGUAUUAUACGCGAGUAUCACGAUUUUCGAAAACGUGUAUUAUUGUCAAACGGCCAUUUAUAUCGCACGAGUGUAUUUACGUAUUAUAGGGUGCGAUUUCGUUUUCGCGCGCUCCGGUACGGCCGUGUUAAAUAUUUUUUUUAUCUAAAAAUACGUAAUAUUAUACAGAGUGAUAUUUUUAAGCACCCCCCCCCCUCCCCGCACAUUUUUACGGCUGAAUUACGUGUACGGUUUGGAAUUUGCAAUCACAGUCAACAACGAUAUUUUCGAAUACUCGGAUUGUCCGCAACAUACGAGAAGAAUCCUGUCGGGGAGAUAUCGCUAUUCCAAAACGAGAACCUACACGUAUUUGUCUUCUCUACAAUAUGUGGUGCAAUUUUCAAAACGUUUCUGACGGUUUUCGAAGCUGUUUGCGACUGCCGAGAUUUUAGAUUCAGAACGAAGAACGUUUCUUUCCUUAACCAGUGUUACUCCGCUCUCAAUUCCCUAGUUCUUCUAGGCCUCUAUCCACUCUAUCCUUUCAUCGUUGUUUGGGACGUCCUCUCGGCCUCUUCGCGCUCGGUUUCCAUUGUGUAACUCGACCAAUAUUAUUUUCUCCGAUCUUCACACGCGUCCAGCCCGGCUCAGUCUACUAGUUAUUUUUGACUUCCGUGACAAAAUCUUUGAUCUAAGAACAAAGGCACUAAUCCGAACUGCCAUCUGUUAUUACUAUUGUACGUUAUUCGGAAAAAGUGCUUGUUUCCAAAAGUGACAUGUGGUGCGUUGUUUUGUUUUGUUUUAUUUUUUUUUCCGGUAGAGGUCAGCUGCAACAGCAACAGCAGCAGCGCACCGGCAGCACCGGACGAAAUUAUAUACACGUACCUAUACGCGAGCGCGCGCGCGCCCGGACGGCUUCAGGUUCAUGGUUCAUCACCAUUAUAAUCAGAGGCCAUUCUCCUCGGCCGCCCCAAGGUUUUAUUUUUAUUUUACUCCUUUUUCUCUCUCUCUUUCUUCCUCUCCUAUUUUCUCCUCUCCUCUCUUCGCCGUGUCUCGCGCGUAUUUGUGUGUACACGGUGUUCGGUGAGUAUUCGUGUGUGUGUGUGUGUGUGUGUGCGUGCGUGUAUGUGUGCGCGCGCGCGCGCUCGCGCGUAUGUGUGUAUGUGUGUGUGUAACCGUUUCAGGUUUGUACCGCAAGUCGAGUGUACACACGUCGCUCAUUAGUCAUUUUCGGUAUACACGAUGACGAUGACGACGACGCUCACACGAAUUCACAACGGCGGCGGCGGCGGCGGCGUGCAGUAAGUGGUUUUCUUCGAUCUCCUCGCGCGCGGGUCCGACGAAACGGAAUUGACACGUUAACCCGGAGGGGUUUUCUCGGUCCGUUGGAUCGGAAUGAAAACGCGGGUGUAUAAGAAAAAAAAUAAAAAAAAUACUACGACAUUUAGUCGUAUAAUAAUAGUUCAAGAGUUUCGACGUUGGUAAACACAGUCCCUCCCCCCCCAACGUGUACGAGAUAAUUUAACGAAUAUGCGCGCGGCGGAAAACACGUUAUCGUUAUCGAGAGGACGCGCCGCGCCCACACGAUGUUGUGCUGUGCCCCGUCUAUUACGGACGCGUGACGUAGCGAAUUUUAGGGACAACUUUGUACCCGAUACGAGUAUAUCAGGGAAAACUGCAAUAUCGAAAAAAAUCCACGCGGUUUGCACAGAUAUUCUCUUCCUAUCUGAAAGUUCGACGAUAGUGCAAUCCGCUCUGGACAAUAAACAAACAGCACAAAAUCGGUUUUGCUGAAUGUGCCGACUCCAAAUCGCGGAGACGGUUUUUUUUUUUUUUUAAGAAGAACACAAACACGAGUCUAAGCUAUAACAGCUUAGCUUUGUCAUUCUGCAGGAGAAACAAAAUACUAUGGCAACCCUUUAACAACUCUCUUAAGAUUCCUAUUUGUAAAUGGCGUUUCUUAUUUUGACUUCGUAUUUUACGAAAAUUUGUUGACAUAAAUCCUUUAUCACAGGAAAAAAAAAUGCACUUUAUUAUAUAGUUAUUAUCAAUCGCGUUUCAUAAUAUAUCGAUGACGAGCCUGUAAAUAAAUUACGGUGAUAUGAUAUCAUUCAACGCGGCAUUCAUACGGAAUCGAUAUUUAAAAACUGAUUUAACGCAUUCUUCAUAGAAAAAUCGUCCGACCCAUUAUAUACUACCAGAUGUUGUUCGAUAUUCGAAAAUACGAUCUCUGUUUUAUCCUCCUAUAUCGAUUUCGGUUUCGAGUAACCGAUACGGCUCGGUAAGCGGGAUAUUUGAUUUUAAUAAUAUUUUUAACAUAUUUUAUACACAUCCGGUGGCGUUUGACGUCGUCUUUGUAUAAUUUAAACCUGCGCGUUACAGAAUAUCGGUUUCAAUAAAUCCGUCCAAAUUACGCGGUCUAGAACGUAUUGAUUAUAAUAUUGAUGAUUGAUAAAUAUUUUCGGAUUUCGAUGUAGCAAGGUGUGUAGCAAGACGUGGUUUUUUCUAUCUCGGGAAACAAUUUUUCGGUUAGUAAAAAAUAACGCUCCGAAUCAUUUACGAUCGUCAGUUAAAAGAUGUGGAUUUUUCGACCGGUGUUACUUUAUUUGUGAAAUUAGAAGCACACCGGAAUAUUUGGGUGGUAAACAAGAAACAAAUUACUAAUACUAACACACAACGUAAUAAUUUAACCUUACCAAUUUACCUCUCAGAAUCGCUUUUCGAUUGAACUAGAAGCAAAUAAACGAAAUUAGACCGUCGAAUGUCAAACAUUAAAAUUAAAUUCAGCCAUAUAUUAUAUUCUGCAGCAAAUGUUAAUGACGGUGAUGAUAAUGAUGAUGGUGUAAUGAAAUGUAAUUUUCUAGUAGACCGACAAGUACGUUAUAUACGAGACGAACGGAUAGAUAUGAAUAAAAUAUUUAUAACAAUGGAACACCCACGUUGCAACUAAAUAUAUUCUUCGACACGAAGUCGCUCGCUGUCUUCUACGACGUCGUCUUCGUACAAAAUUUCCGAUUUAACUAUAGUUAAGUCUUAAAAAAUAUGUAAAAAAAUAUCACAAAAUUAUAAGUACGCGUUUUAUGUAAGUAGUGAGAUUUUUCACACGGACACCCGUCGUUCUCGAGGUUAUAAAUUAAUUAAAUAAUCCUCAAUACCGUUUUUAUAUAAUGAAUAUAGUUUUUGUUUUUCGUCCUAUUUCUACUUCUAUGUUUAACCAUUGCGUAUUUUAUCAAAUUUCCCCCCGAAAAUAGAGAUAAAUCUUUUUCUUCAACGGAUAAAUCACCGAUCAAUAGUUUGUGCAUCUGCAGUUUACAGAAUACUACGAUUUCCCAACGAUUACCAAGAUUUCUUAUGAGAUUACCGAAGAUUUCCCGUAAGAUUAUCAAAUAUCUGUGUACUGAUUUCCGUUAGUGAUUUACCCUAUAUUUUUCUCGCUUUUUUUGGAAAUUUCUAGCGGCUCUGUCUGGACCAAAUGAGCUCAAACUCGGGAAUUAGAGUUGUUUCAUAUGUUAUGUGGACUGAAGUAAUACAAAUUCGGUUUAGUUCAAUUUAAAUUUAACCUUGUUGUUGCGGAUGACGAUUGCUUUUUAGAUUUGCACUUCCCUAAAUUGGCACCUGCAGAGGUGUGCGAAGGAGCCAUUGUCCCCUUAGGAUUUUCAACUGUAUGUAUUUUACUUUUAUCAAUCACGCAUAAUGGGCAUACCACAACAGUAUAAAAUGUUUCUAGAAUAAAACAUUUUCCCCGUUUUGCCCCGGAUGGGAUUUUAUCCUCCAGGCGUACUCGUACUACAGAACUUCAGAUUGAACUAGGAUAAUUAAUAUUGUAUGUACAUACCAUUAGUAUUAGAUACCUUCACGUUUUGGAAUGCUUAAUUUUUUUUUGGAAAUAUUGUAAUUUAUUGUAACGUAUAGUAUAGAUUGGGUUAUAUUUGUAUAGUACUCAGUUAUUUAUACAUUUUUCGUUUAACAAAGUUUUAUAAUACAAAACAGCUGGAUGAAUAUUAUGCUGUAUAGUGGCAGAGCUCUGCUGUUUACGGAUGUUUUUCGUUUAUUCUAUUGCUUCCCCCACCCCAUCCUAAAUUUCGUCUGUAUAAGAUAGCGAAGCGAUUAAACGGAUUCUUCGAUACUAGACAAAUCGACGAGAAUUGCGCGAAAAUCGUGAAUAAUAAAAAAAUGGUCGUUGAAAUACAAAAUAAUAUCAUACGAUUCGGCCAAAAAACAUCGUAUUAUUCUUAAUCGGCACACAUACAUACGAUACCAGAUUAUAAUUGUAUAACAUUAUUAAUACGCCGUAAACGAACCGGAAUCGUGCGGUUAAUUUACAUAUUUAUCCGGCACCAUUAUAAUAAUAUGUAUAAUGUGUAUACGAGUACCUACAAUAGUAAUGCGAUAAAAACGAUAAAUAUUUUAUUUUUUGAAACCGUUACAUACUGUAUAUAGUAUAUAUACCAGAUACCUAAUGCCGAUGUAGUGAAAUCAUACGUUCGAAGUGCGCGUAAAAUCGCAUAUCGUCGGUACGGACGGUUUUUCGAAUCACCCCGGACGUGUUCGGGGAGAGGAGAGGUGUACUUGACCGUUUUCGGUCAGAACGAACCUAUCUAUUUUAUGUGUUUGAGACGAUUUUUUUUUCUCGUUUUGCAUAAUAUGAACAUUCAGUUUUUGUAAAAUAUAAAAUACGAAAUUAAUAUUGGUUCAAGAUUGUCCCCGCCCUAUCGAGCUUGAGCUAGGCGAACAAUCCGUUAUUUUCUACGUGCAUUUUUAUAUUUUAGCAUAAAAAUGGCCGGGGAGAGGGUUCAAAGUCAAUAUUUCCGAAAGGAACACCAAUGUUACUUACACCGCGCGUACACGGAACCGCGUCCCUCUAGGUUUAUUUAGGGUAUCUUCCAUGACGACACGAUGAAAUUUAACCGAAACGUUAUCACUUCGGUGCGCCUAAAAAACCCCAUUCUAAUUACUCGGGUUCGAGCUCCUCAUUGGUCCAGAAGGAGCGACUUGAGAUUCCAAAAGUAUGACGGGAACGAGAUAUCAUUAUAACGUAUCGAGACGCAGUACACCGCAUCGAAAUAUAGUCUUCAGAGGCGUCAGGUUUUGAAAACGUCAUGGGAUCAUGGGCUCACUAUAUUAUUAUAAAGACACACGAUAUCGAAAAAAAAGAAACCUUUAUUUACCUCAAUUAAUUUGCUGUAAAUAAAAUUUUGUAUUUUAUUUUAAGUAUUUUGAGGAUGUAUCUGACAAAUGUUGAUUUUUUUUUAUAAUAUGAGAACCGUGGGGGGGGGCUGAGUUCCGUUACACCAAGUUUAUUGGUAGGCUGCAGCCCCAAUUUCCCCUGUACGCGGCGCCCCCGAUAGUCUUUAUUUUCGGAGAGAAUUAAAAAAAAGAAAAAAAAAAAACGAUUUUCCGGACUAUUAUUGUACUAGGCGGAGCGCGUUUUGUCCCGUGCGAAUCUAUCGCCGCCGAACGGUUUUUUACGAUGACGUAUAUUAUGUUAUUAUUAUUAUUAUUAUUAUACGCUCUCGUCGUAUUAUUAGGUUUUAUACUUGCCGCGCAAAGAUGAAAUGUGUUUUUUACGUGUGCGUAUAUAUAAGCACACAGGAGUGCCACUAACUAUAAUGUAUAUAAACCGGGAGGCGCUGCAGCGGUCGUCGUCUCCGCGGGGCAACGUUCACCGCGCGCCGAAAACGUUAUAAUAUAUCCGAAAACCAGUUUGAUUUUUUCCCCCGUCGGUUUUUUUCCGCCCCACCCUCUGUCUUCUUUUCUCCUCUCGACCGCAUUUCACAGUCGAAUUAAUUACGACGGCCGGCCGAAUCAACGAACCCUCCUCCUUUUCCCCCGACCCGCGCCGCCAUCCCCUGUAUACCCAUUAUAUCGCCACCUCUGCGGCACCUCGAUACGGUUUCUCGUCUCCGUUCUUCGAUCCUGAAAAAAAAAAAAAAAAACCCGGUUUUACAAUAUUACCGUCGAGUAAUUCGCGAGACCGACGCGAAAUAAACGAACGGAAAACGAAAUAUAGUAGGUUUAUAUACAUACCUAAUUGUAAUAUAUGUGCGAGACGGGUCACGAGUACCGAGGAGUCGUCCGAGUGUUAACAUCGUUUUUUUAUAAUUAUUGUUUUUUUUUUUUUUUUAAAUUUAUUUUUUAUAUUAUCACGAUCCGGCACAUCGUCUCCAAGGGACGAUAUCGAAUAACAUUCACUUCGGUUUUUUUCGGUCAUUUUCGGUUUGACGCUUCGAAAAGGUGCGGGUAGACUACUAUUAUUACGGAGGUAAAUACGUGUGAUAAGGCCCCGUGUACGCAUAAAGAGCGGACAUUUCAAAAAUAUUGUGCGAUCGUUACACGAUGACAUAACAACGAUUGAAAACGAAAAUAUUCCAAAAUCGGUUUUACUCCGAAAUUUUCUUCGCUCUAUCGAUAAUCGCGCAAGAUAUUAAAAAAAAAAAAAUUAUAAAAGGAUCGGGGUUUUUUUUUCCGUCACUUUUAGAUUCUGAGCGUAGUGAGAAAUAUAUUGGUCUUUUUCGAUGAUGUUAAUUUGUUUUUCUUCCGUGGACAACUUUUCUACCAACAACUUUGCACCGGUUUUCCAAUAAACGGGGCAAAAUCGGGAAAAUGUACGAAACGUAUUAUUUUCAAAUCGUAAAUAUUGCGGACCUUUUAAAACGUGCGUAACCAAACUCCGCUCAGAAUCGUUUUUUGUUAGCGAAGAUUAACCGUCGCGUACAGAUAUCGUAUAUUAAAUUCCUCUCUACAUCAUAUACCUUCUCGACUUCUCACCUACGGAACAGUGGCCCGCCCAUCGUGCGAAGUAUGUCUUUUGUUAUCAGACGGUUUUCAACGUUACAUACUGUAGUAAUUCUCAAACGCGGCGGGAUUACCGGCCGUAUACCGAGAACGAAUUUUAAAAGACGCGUCCGUACGAGACGGUCCCGGUCCCGGUCCAUUACGAACAGCAUUCGUAUCGAUCGUAUCGUCUCGUAAUGACUCGAGAUGUCGUUCGGAUGACGGCCGAGGGAAACUGAUAGAAAUUGUGCGAUUAGCUUCGCGGGAAGUCCGGAACGCCGCAAUGAUAUUGUCGAGGUCCGGACUUCUUGACUCCGGUCACACUGCGCGCGGCCCGUCUCGUUAUCAUUACUCGUCAUUUUAUCGCGUCGAACGCCGCGCGAUAAUUUAUCACGUGGAAACAAUGCCGUUUUACGGCGACGAUACUCGUCGCCGCGGAUAAAAGAUUUCCGGGGAAAUACUCCUUUUCGCAGGGCUCGACGCACCGGGAUUUUGCAAAUUGUUGUUCUAAUAAUAGCGCCGGAGUCUGAACGCGACCGACUUUUUACGGAAUUUGUAUUUUAUGGGUUUUGGUUAUGUAUAGUCAAAACUCGGAGUCCGACCACGCGGCUCGCGUAGAAAGUCGUCCGCUUCCCGACAAAAACCGAACGUAUCCAAAAACCAUAACGUACAGCGCUAGCCUCUCGUCGAACAAAUGUUGACAUUUUUUCGUUGAGUCUUUUUAAUUUGCAAAACAACGUGCGGGACUUCUUCGUAUUUCUAUUAUUAUUAUUUUUAACAGUCAUUAUUCCCGCGAAAAUGGCGGCCAAGACGACUUCAACGCUUGUCACUGUAUUACUAUAAUUAUCUAAUAUAUUGAUAACAUAUCAGCGAUUUUAUCAUGAUUAUUAUACCGUGUGAGUUUUUUGACGCGACCACCGUCGCGUUAUUCUCGUAACGAUCCGAAGUCAAUUACAGUGGACGCCGAUCAUAAGACUCACGGAUACGAGGUUCAGUCGGUUAUUAGACUUAAAAUCACUUGGAACGGUCCGGACAGUCCCAAAUACACUCUAUCGUUUCUCCGCUUCGCCUUUGUUAGCGGCGUCCACUGUGUUAUAAAUAUGUAUGGCCGAGUCACCAUCUGCGGUACGGCCAGUAUCCCUGCUACGGCCAUUCAUUUCGUGUUCCAUUUGUCAACGGUGCAAUUUUGUAAUUCGAUAUCCCAUAACGUUUAUUGUUGGAUUCGCGGACGUACGCAUUUAUUUACCGGAUGGCGGUAUCAAUUGUUACAAACAUAUUUAGAUAAUAGCGUAGGACGACCGUGUUAUAGCGGGUAAAAAUGAGAUUUUAAAAGAAAGCGAACAUUGUAUCUCCGCACGGUAUUUCUCGCGUGAUGCUACGAAAUAUUGUAAGAGUGUUGGGUCGGUUGUUCACAGCUUCCAUGCACGGUUACAUUUGCAAUCGAUUUCGAUAACCGCGGACAAAAUAACAGAGACCAGAGCGUGAACAAACCGUUAAAGUGGCUGCAGUAGGCGGCGCGACUCCUGCACUCUGUACAUUGUUUAAGCGACAUGCGCGGACCGACGUCGCCGCCCGACGGACUAAUCGCUGUUUAUCGGCCCGGGUAUGUUAUGACGUCGUGAUAUCCGAAUAAUUACCAUAUUGGACAUUUUUAUAAUGAAUCGACGCACCCGAACGUAACACAACUACACUGUACAUUGUGAUGGUAUCAUAAUAACGUAAGUGUCUAUAUUUUAUGCACGGUUCAAAAUUCGCAUUCCAGCCGAAUACGCUCGCCGCGAUAUUGACAGGCUCGCAUCGCACGCGGAUACGAGAGUUUAAAAUAUUACUACACCGCACAAUGGCCGGUGCAGGUUUUAUCGGGUUCACAACAUCAAGCGGUUUGUGUUUUAAAUCCGGAUCAUGUAUUCCGCACGAUUAAAAAAUAAUAAUAAUUACUAUAAUCGGUUAUCGCGUGUACACAACACACCGCAGCUCUAUGCAUGUACAGUCCCACGGUGUAUAAGCCCGGUGCAGCCGGCACGUAACACAAAAUAUACACUGUAGUUAAAAUCAAUAUCGUUAUGAUAUGCAUUGUAUGGAUCGGAAGCGGCGAGUUUUCAUAUUUAUUCAUAAAACUAACAGCGCGGUGUCGUCAAAUUUCAUGUCCGUUAUGCGAAUGUAAAAAAAAAAAAAUAUAAUAAUCGAUUUCUACAAGUUCAUUUCGGGAAGUCGUUUUUUUUUGGCGGUCGUCUACGUAUGCACAUUGCAUAACGUAUAUGUUGAAGUACAAUUUCGGCUGUGUGAGAACCAUUACGGUUUUCGAAAACAUCGCGUUUAUUAUAUUCCGAUAAAAUGUUUAAUCCCACCUGAAUAUGUGUGCAGCCUCGUUCGAAGUAAAUUCAAUAUCAACGGUGUCAUACCCUGUAGCCAAUAACGUUGUACAAACGAGUACAAAUGCUAAAAUCGCUCUGACGGGCGAGUAGUUUUCGUUUCCGUUUUACGUUAAACCGUAUACAACCGCACAAAGGCUUGUGAAAUGUACGUUUUAAAAUGUGUUUUUUAUGUCAGUGAAUUUGAAUACUUUUGAUUCGAUAAAUGUUUCGGGUAUUUUUUUUUUUUUUAAUUUUCCUUAAAAUGUCCUAAACGCAAACCACUCAACAAUAUUGUUGGUGCGAUACGCCCACUUUAUUAAAGUUUAAAUUGAAAAUUGUAAUUAAUACAGACAAAAUUAAGAAGAUGAUCGCCUUAAUGAAUAUAAUUUAUAAUAAUAUGCAUUGCACUGGCGGCGUAACCGCGAGAAUCGACUCUCGUAAUAUUUUACCGCCGGGAGAGGAGUAGGAGUAGGAGGAGGAACUAUUAGUAAUUUAUCUAGGGAAAUUUCACCCCCCUCCCCCCCAUACCGCACAGAUCGAAUUUCACGGGGUCAAUAAUCACGACUGGCACACGGACGUCGAAUAACAUAAUAAUAUUAUUGCAACCGUGUUAUUGUUGUUAUUACGGGCGCGGUGUGUACAAUAAUAAUAACGCGUAAUGUCGUGGUUUAGUUCCGGAUACUGUAUUAUUAUUAUAAUUUUUUUUUGAUAAUACACUCUGUGAUCCGACGACGGAAGGUUCCAUUAUAACAACGCCGUGUUUGCGUCGUCGACGCGUGCAGUCCCCGCGGUUAUUACAAACGGUUCGUGUACAAAACGAUUUGCCUAUUUUCUGGUUUUGCAUACGGCCAGAAAAUGCUAUAAACGGCUCUAAAAAGUUUCGUUACGCCGGCACUGAUGCUUUCGAAUCAUUUCAAUACCGAGCCUUGACAGCGUAAACCUAUUUUUGUUCGGUUUUGGCAGUCUUCCGACAUUGUAUAUACCUAUGCGGUCGAGAGCUUUUUUAAUGAAUACGAAUCGUCUGGCCAACAACGAGAGUUCAGAUUGCCUUUUAAUAAUGUGUGUUUAGGUAUAGAUAGUUAUAUAUUGCAUCUGCAAGGCUUUAAAGCGGUCGUAUUGUAAAAGUUUACAAGAAGCCCCGCGCGGGCCGAUGAUUUUAAUGUAGACCGCGCAUACCGGAGGACGGCCUUAAUUUUUUCGAAUCGACCGCACGUUUAUUUAUCAUUUAAAUAAUAGAUUUAGCAAAACGUUAUUUUUCAAUUCGUAUCUCCCGUUCCCACCUACCGAUUGGAGAAAGCCCGGCUGAUUAAUUUGCCCAGAGCUCGCGACGUACUUAAUCCGGCUCAGGUUAACGAUGUAUUAUUCGAAGUACAUUAUUUUCGACCUGUCGAGGCGAUAUCCCAGCGACGUCAUGACGCGUCGUGUCGUAUACACAAAUAUUUAAGAUGCACAGUGGCGUGUAAUAUGGAAUCGCAGUCCAUGCAACACUUUGAGAAAUCGGUAUUAAUUAAAAACAGUUUGAGAAUUAUUAUGUACAUUACAAGGCCAGAAAACUUAAUGCUAAGUCACAUGUGAAAAAUAAUUUGUACAACGACUUUAAUAGAGUUUUGAAAACGUUAGAAUUAAAUAAGGGUACUGAAUUGUCAACAAUUCUUCUUUUAAUUGUGUGAAAAAAAAAAUGAUUGUAUAAACGAUGUGUGCGUGCAUUAACUCUUUUAUUCCAUACCGAGAUUUUAUUUUACAAUAACGACCAAUCAGAACACGACACACGCUGAGAUAGCGUCUUUAAUAGGAACGGAUUUCUGCAGGUUACUCUUGUUCUGUCGAAACUACAGCGGUUGAUUUUGACGCGUCAAUAAAUAUUGAAUUAUGAUAACGGCGUAAUGUUAUAUGAUACUAUAUUUUAUAUUCAAAUAUUAUCUAUUUUUUAAUUUCAGUAUUUUUUUUUUUUUUGGUGUUUUUACAGACGCGUCUUGUUCGAACGAGGCCGUACACCUCCAGCAGCGGUUACGAAGUCUGAGCACCGAGCUGGUCACGCUCCGGAACAGCCUGAAUCAGGGCCAAGGAGCGGCGGGCGGUCAGGGCGGCUGUCCGCAGCCGGCAGCGACGACGGGCAAACAACAAAGUCCCGGAUCGACUAACUUCACCGGCAACAAUAACAACGGCGGCGGCAUACUGGCCUCGGGCAAAUCCGCGUCCAACAGCCCGUCGAAAUCGACGUUACCGCCACCCGUGUUGCCCAGGACUUCGUUGCCCGCUUUACCCGUUACAGGUAAUUAUAGAUGAACGCGUUGCCAAUAGUGCGAAGUUUGAUUUUUUUGAAAUUUGUUUUUGAGGCGGGUAAUGCGAAAUAAAAACAAUAAAAGACCGUCGAUUAAAUUGAUAAUUAAAUAAUAGUAUACACAAUGGUCUGUUUCGCUACGGUCGAAAACGAUAAAUUUAAAUUGGAAACUCCGUGCAUUCAGAAAUCCGUGCAUUUUCAGAGCGAGUUGGGCCACUUAAAGAAAAGGGGUCGGCGGAAAUCGACGACGAAAAUGAGGAUUUUUGAGAAAAUAAUUGAGACUAGUUUUUUUUUUUUUUUUUUUUUUUUUUUUCCUAGCAAUUAAUCUAAUUUUCGUAGUCGUUGCCAAAACCUCGUAUUUUUAAAAUUAUCAACAACGAAUUACGACGUCUACAUCAAAUCAAAUUUGAAAGGAAAAAGGGCGCGUAAUUUCGUGCGAUUACACGAAUAACGCAUUAAAUCCGACGAGAAUAAACGUUGAAACGUUAUCGCGUGUGUCCAAUAUCAAAUACCUCGUAUCUCCGCGGGUUAUCAUUUUGUACAAUCGAGAAGAGAAUUUUAUGAAAUAUUGUCUGAAACAUAAUUUUGAGCUCGUAAAUAAAAUAUAUUUAGUUAAGCCAUUGCCAAAAUUUAAUUUUAUAAUUAGUUUUUUAUUAUGUAUCAAAAACUGGUGACACGAGAUACUGUUUUGGCAACGAAAAUAUCAUUAUACGAAAUAAACGUGUGAAUUUAUUGUAUAACGUAUUCUACAAUAUAUGCCAAUAAAAAAUAUGUAUUCCGAUCUUGAUGUCGUUUUCGCUCACUUGACGGUUGAAAAAAAAAUAUAAUAGGGAUACGAGAGUGGAACUACGGGGUUAGAAUAAAAAGCUUCGACGAUUCUGUACGAAAAAAAAAAAAAACGAAAAAACACAAAUCGUAUUCAGUUAAAACAAACCUCUGCGAAAACCGCUGCUGGCUCGUGAUGUAUGGAUCGCUCUGUAUUCCAUCCGCGGAAAUUAAUUCAAUACUUAAAAUUAUAUCGUGCUCGCAUUCACAUUAUAUUGUUUAAAACAAUAUUAAAAAUCUAACUACGGGAUUCCACGUAUAAUAAUCUAAUAAGUGACUGAUAAUAAGAAAAAAAAAAAAAAUGAUUGUUAACUCUCGGUGUAAUAGUCUCGUAUAAUCGCGCGCAGUCACGUGUAAUAGUAUAAUAAUAUAAAUGAUUCACGGAAUUCAUUUUUUUUUUUUUUUCAUUUUGGCGAUUAUUUUGUAUGCAUUUUUCGUUUUAUAAUUUAUUAUCGUUGCCCAACUACGUGUCGGUCGAUUAUUGACCAUGUGAUCGUCCGUCCGGCAUUCCGGUACACACGAGCAUAUAAUAUAGGUACCGGAUUUAUGCUCGUAUACGGUCCGCGGGCACUUUAAUUAAAUUAUUUAAAUUAUUAUUCGGGUUUUAGAUUCCGAUAGCGCAGAGAGGUUUUACUGUCCGCGUUUUUUUUUUUACGAUUUGUUGUCUUGUCUGCGAAUCGAUUUUCUACCGGAAAUCUUGCUCCGAAAUCGUCUCAGUUCCAGUGGUGGUUUGUGACGGUAGCGAAUUUCGUCGGGUCGGUGCAUUGCGCGGGAUCGGUCACUCGUUCGGUUUUCCCUGCAUAGUUUGCUUACCGAUCGAGGAAAAUCUGGAAAAAUUUCGGAAACGCUGGAAUAUUUACGCAAUAACGGGUGCUGUUAUUUUCGAUUUGUUUUCCUUGUUGUUGUAAUUCGAUUAAAAAUAACCGAAGCGACCUGACCUUUUCACCGAAUUCACUUAUUUAGCCCUUUAUAGGCUUGAUGAAAUUUUCUAUAAAAUUCUGGCGUUUUCGUGUUGAUUUAUAGGUUAGCUAUUUAAAAUGUUCUAGUUUUUAAUUUUGUAUUUCGUUUUAUGCGGAUACAUAGUUAUUGGCUUCUAAAAAACGCUCGACAGUUACCACGAGUUUAUCUUAUUGCACAUCGCACUAUCUACAGUUUAUUUUAAUUAUAAUAAAAAUAGAUAUACAUGAACAUUUAUAAACGUUUUGCGUAAAUUAUUAGCAUUUUACGCAUUUAUGCGGAUAAUAUAUGUAUUUUUAUUUUUAUUUUUUUUUUGAUAACAUAAAAACGUUUAAAUAUCCGUAACAAAAACACCCAGAUAAUUGUAAUUAAAUUAUUGUAACUGUAAUUUAAUAUAAUUUUUGAUAUUUGAGUUUAUCGGAACACGUUUAACUCAGGGCUUUACUCAGAAUCGUUUCGAAAAUUCCUAUAAAGCACACUUUAUUAUGAUGUAAUUCAAGCUCAGAGUAUAUUGGGGCUAAGAUUAUUUUUGGGAGAGCUGUGAGGUAAUGAAUGCAUAUCUGUUAUUAAAUGAUAAAUUGAUAGAACUAAACUGUCAUAAUGCAUAAUCAGUAGACUCGAUAUUAGUGGUUAUGCACAUCGAAAUGUCUAGUAAAAUAUUCUCUAUUUGAAUCUGUGAUUGAAAGUGGGGGGGAGGGUUGCUAAAAAUCCAAAGUAUACACAUUUCAUAUACGAGGAAUCGGGGUAAAAAAAUUGAAAAUAUAGUGUCGAAAUUAAGCUUAAACGAUUCCAUAAUGAUAAACAGAAAUCGAAUUCGUUUAAAAUGCUCCGAGAAAAUUGCCGGUUAGCGAUAAAAAAAAUCGCACUGUAGUGGCCGUUAGCACAGUCGCAUUUCACCCGUAUCACCCAUAUGCCUGCCAAAAAGUACUCCGCGAGUAGCGUAAACGACAUUAUACAAAUUUUUAUGCAUACGUUUUAAUUAACCACACAAACAGAUGCUUGCCAGCACCUAUACGUGCUGUACAGUUUCGGUUAUUUAAAUUUAGACGUUAACAUUAUCGGUGAUAAUAAUGCACGCAAGAAAACGGAAAAAAAAAAAUAAAUAAAUAGAGGUCAACUGUUCACCUUCAACUGUACGCAGCGGCGUAACAGUUCAAUACACCGCGAAAUCAACGAGAUCGUCAAAGUGAAAUUUUUUAAUAUAUCCGCACACGACACGCGCUCGGCGUUUUACUGGAUUUUCGCGUGUUUUAAAAUCGUGUCUCGACGACGUUGGCGGUUGAAAAUGAUUACAAACUUGCGUACAAGACGAUCACUAUAACAUAAGACAUUCGUCUUAAAAUAAUAUUUUUACGGAAUUUAUUUUUGUUUGGAAAAUUAAAAGAAAUAGAAGUUCUAAUCUAUCCCCUCUUAACCAAAAAACGACAAACUUAAAAUUGAAAUGUCUUGUGGACGGGUUGACGGAAAUAAAAAUGUCAACACCAAAGGUAAAUUUAAACUAAAAAUGUUUACAUUUAUGGGAUUUGUAAUGCUACAGUUAUGAAAAUCAAAAGUCGUUAGUGGUUUCAUCUCCGAAAAUAAGGAUGAAAAAAAACCGGUAAUGUAUCAUUUUAGAGCUGGUUGUUUCUUAUAUUUUCUAAAAUACAAAUUUCUAAUUAAGUUUAUGUUCCCUGAGAUAAUAAGUGUCUUAAGAUGACCAACAUUGUACUUGACCAUUUAGUAUGAGGUUCAUUAUAAAUUUUACUUUGUGUUUGAAAAAAAAAAGCUGGGUGUUAUAUAGUGGUUUUUUUGUAAGCGUUUUAAGAUCAAAUGUUGACGAAAAUCGUAAAAAUUAUAGAAUUUCAAAACACGUACAACCGAACUCUGCUCAGAAUGAUUUUUUGUUAGUAAUGAUUAGGUACAGAUGUAAAUUGAAAUAACUUCAUGUAUCCUACCUUCCCGACUUCCCGUGUACAACAGAGGAACACCUGUUCCCAGCAUUCGGCUCUUUCAGAUUCGAAACGUAGCGAGGACUGUAUUGGUUUUUACAACGAUGUCUAUUUUAUUUUUUUAUUUGUGUACAACUUUUCUGCCAAAAAUCUUGCUCUGAUUUUCAAGCAUAGCAAAUGUUAUCAAUUUGGCCCUUUUGGAUUUUUCAAGUGGUUUUCAUAAUGAUUGGUAAAAACGGAGAAAUGUACGUGUAAUGUAUGGGAUAUACUUUGCUCCGAAUCAUUUUUCGUUAGCAACGGUUUAUCGUUGCGUACGGAUAUAAGUUAAAUUCCCCUUCUAUAUUCUAUACCUUUCCGACUUCUCACCUAUGAAACAGUGGCCUGUCCAUUGUGCGAAGUAUGUCCGUCUUUUCUUUUUUUUUUACUCAAAAUCCGCGAAAAAAAUCGUUUUCCCGUUUUAUCGGGAUCUGUCUGUACAGUGAGUUUUCCUUACUUUCCUAAUCUUUUUUUUUUUCUCGUGCGGUACACGAACCCUACAGACACACUCCCAUUUCCGGCCAGUACUUAACGAAAUCAACCUCCCGGACGCGUCAAUUUAAUUCCGAACGAUUACAUAAUUAUUGUUCGUUAUUGAUCAAUGUCAGUGUACGUUUUGUUUUUUUCUGCAGAUAAACUGUUCAAGGGCAAAGAAGACACUCAAAACGGCGGCCAGGGCCCGACGGCUGCCGGAAAAUGUCGCGAAAACGGCACGCUGUCGCAACAACAAAAGACUGAUAACGCGCACAACGAGCAGCAACAGCAACAGGCCCACCACCGGCGGUCGUCGCAUAAUGGACCGUCGUCCGCUGCCGUCGCCGCCGGGAGUGUACCCGGCGGCGGCGGCAACGGGUCGACCGUAGACGGCGGCGGCGACCUGAUCCAUCUUCCUGGGCCAUUGACCGAGGACGCCGUGCUCAAGGCGCUGCACAGUCGGUUUUGCGCGGCGCAAAUGUUUGUGAGUAAAUAAAAUAUAUAUUAUACAGGGUGCUCGAUCUCCCGCCGCGAGGCGACUACGAUUGUAGGUACGCCGCGAGCGUUAUCUCGGAAAAUAUUAACGGAUACGUUUUCGAAAACGAAAAGACUCUUGGCUUUUCCGACCUGUUGUUAUACAGUCGAAAUUCCGUAAUCUUAAAUGUACUGUCCAUUAAGGCGUCCCGGGAAAACGUGCGUUUUACGGAAAACCGAUCAGUCUGUGCGUAAAGGGGAGGCGGACGGGGCACUUGACGCCAGAUUCGAAUGGCGCGCAAGUUUUUGAAAAAAAAGUGCGAAUAGACGUGUCCGUUUUCUUUUUCUCGAUUGUGAUAUUGUUAUCGAAUAUUUCAGUGUCCGAAUUUAUGUUUUGACGAUUCAGUAACGGCCGGCUAUUAACUGCAACAUAAAACCGUAAACUCAAUCACUAAACUGUUUAUACGCCACAUUAUUCUCACCAACCGUAUUCUGUUUUAGACGACGGCCAUUACGGCCACACUGUAUAUUGUUUACUCGAAACAAUUUUACUGAAGCGGUUGAAAACGUCGACGGACAAUAUAGACUCGCUUAAUAUAAUGGGCAAAUUUUUCCUCAAAAAACAGCGAUACUUUCGACAGUUUUAACGCAGCUACUUACGUGUAUAACGGAUAAUUCUAAAAUUCUAAAACUCUCAAUAAAUGAAUUUAUCGAUUUUUUCAUCACAUAUAAAUAUUUAUGACCUAUGGUGUAUCUACGGGGCGGGGGGGUAUAGCGUUUCAACUCCCCUCCCCAGAGGCACACAACUUCUAUAAUAUUAUCAUAACGAGUUUGAUUUGAUAUAAGUAUACUUAGCUGAUUUGUACGAAUCUAAGCCGACUAAACCGACUAUAGUGCUUAAAUAUAAUAUGUAGGUAGGUUUAGGUAAUUUAUUUUUUAUGAUUGAAAAAUGGGGGGAGGACGUCGUCACGUCGUUUGAUAACGAUUCCCAUUGAAAUCGUCGUUUUCAGAUGGAUAUAUUUCUUCGCGAAAGUAAAAUAAUAAAAAACCAUUACCUAUUUAUUAGUUAUCGUAAAAAAUACAAGCGUCGUGGGCAAUUUCGUUUCGUUUAAUGAUACAUAAUAACAAAAAAAAAAAAAAAAAAAAAAACACCACCACCGUCUUAUAAACAAUAACCAUAAAUAUAUUGGUUGUGUACAAUACUUUCCAGCCGUGCACAAAAGCCUAAUAUUAAGAGAUUCUAAAAGCCGCGGACUUCGGAAUGCGGAUUUCCGGUCUUUUCACGUUUCGAAAAUCCGGAUUCUAUCGGCCGAUCCGGAAAAUUGUACCCGUAACGCGCGCGUUGUGUACUGCAGAUCUCACACGACCGCGGGCAUUCGGCACGGUGCAGUUACGUUCGUCGGGCAGUGGACAGUCCAGUUGUUAGGGAUUCGUAUUUCGCGUUGGCCCGACUCAACUCAACCCGCGAUACGUAUAUGUAUUUUUUUUUUCUAACUCUCGCGUUUAAUGACCGCGCUGGUAAUGGAACAGGGAAGGCGCCGGCUCUCGUGUUCGCGUACGGCACCUAUAUUGAAUACGAUCGAAUCGCGACCGACAAUAAACUCACCCUGUAUAAUAUUCCUUGCGUAUAUUAAAUAUCGUGCGGUACGCCGCGGUCGUGUGUACGUUCGCGACAACUCUACGACGAUCCUCCUCCCCCCCUCCCCCCCGGUCCCGCGCAAAAUGCGCGAUAUAUCACGUCAUUCCUCGCACAAAAUUCGUUUACUGUAUGGCGCGUACGCAUUGUAUUCGUGAUAUACGAUUUCAUAAUAAUGCACGUACCGCUUGAACCUUCGACGACCGUCCUCCUCCCCCUCCUCCUACUCCUCUUCCUCCUCCCCCUCAUCCUCCUACUUUUGUUCCUUUUCCUUUUUCUCCUUCCUCCUUCGUCUUUUUCCUACCGCCGCAGCCGCCGCCGCCGCCGACCCGGGUGUUAUAGGUAUAAGGUGUACGCGGUUUUUACUGCGUUGUAUUUAUUAUAAUACCGGGCGGGGGGAUACCCGCGCAAGUGUUGUACCGCUAUAACGUUAUGCGAGCUCACGGGAAAUUUUUUUUUUUUUUAUUUCUCUGCCGCGUAUCGGUUCUGUUAUCAGCCGACACCGAUCGUCGGGUUUCGUGAUUUUCGUUCACGCCCCUCUCCCGCGCGCGGCCGCGGUUCGUGCUGUUUCCCGCGUGUGCACGCGAUAAUUAUUUUUAUCGUUCGCGGUUUUUAUACGCACAACACUACACCCGGUGCACGCCGACAGAGGUUAGUGUGCCGGCCGUUCCGUACUCGCGCGACUGUUCUUCUGCGGGACGCCGCCGCCGUAUCGGUUAAUUAGGACUCGCACUAAAAAACGCCGCGGGACCACUACGGGCGCGUCUGCACGUAACGUGUUUAAGGGGUCGCGUAUAGGCAACCGGUUCUUAUAGGAAUUAAUCGAAUAUUUUGGAUAUACGAAAAAAAAAACCGAUUGGCAAGCCAUUUUUUUGUUUUUUUAUUUGUCAGGAGAGAAGUAGGAAGGGAGAAUUCGAUUUACGUGUGUACGCGACGAUAAACCGUCGCUAAUGAAAAGCGAUUCUGCAACUAUUAUUGUUAUUAUUAUUGGCGUAUUUUUCCCCUUGUUAAUCGCUCGCGCAGAAAUCAACCAAAAGUAUAUCAAACAGUUUUCCAGGUUUCCCGUUUAUUAAGAAAACAAGUAAUCAUAAAUGACCUUUUCAACGCGACAAUUAAAUCGAAAAUAUUGCAAGAGUGUUGCUAGGUAUACGAAUUUCGAAUAGAGCGAGAUUUCUGGAAGAAUAACGUUAUUCAUAUAUAUAUAUCAGAUAAAAAAAAAAAAAAAGGGAUUCUCAGGAGAAAAAAAAAACGCGGUAAAACCAAUGCAUUCCUCGUUCCUGGGUUCGCUCAGAAUCGAAUAUUUUUACAAUACUGAUUAUAGCUGUUUAAUCGUGAAAUUCGUAGAGUAAUCGUGGUUUAUAGCAGGGCUUGAGAAUUUUUACACAAAUUCGGUUUCGCAUACGUAUUGAAUCGUAAUGUCUACACGUAUCGGUACAAAUAUAAGGCAUGAAUUUACGAUUUUCCGGCCGCGGCGGGAUGAGGAGUCGGACACCGCCGGUCAUCUCAAACAGCCAAUAAGAACACGGCCAGACUCAAAAAUGAAACGUUGCCAUUGCGUUAUUUAUCGGCGACCGUUGCCUUUUAAAAUGUACCAUAAUACACUCCGUGUCUCGUCCGCAUAUCACGCGUCUCGAGUUUCGUAUUUGUUCGCUCGACUUUUCCACUUCGGAAACGCGACCGACACACCGGUCGCGGCGUUUUCCGUGUUCCCUUGCUCCUUUGUCCGCCCGCCCCGGUUCCGAAGGUUUUCCCGCCGACGGCGGCUCUGCGACUGCGCGUGCGGGGACCGCGGUAUCCGCUGCUGCGGCGUCAGGUUCGCACGGCGGCGCGUUUCGGUUCUGCGCCGGAGCCGCGGCUACGCACCAUACACAAACGCCUGCGUUUCCCGUCUCGGUUCCGCCGGCAACUGUGCCCGCGCCGGAGGACAGGCCGUAAUGGAAAACCGGCGGCAUUUUCACCGCGCCGGCGCACUGUUCGGGCGAACGCGUUAAAAGCACGCGCGCGUCGUUGAUAUUUACGACCGGGCCGCACGCGUAGGCUCGGGGAAAACGUGUCCGUAAACAACGCACGCGUGAUUAUACACGUAAACAAACACGACGACGGCCGAGCCCGUCGUUUCUCCGACUCCCGCGGCGGCGGCGUUGCGAGGUCGGCGGCAAAUAAACGCGCGGUUCGAGAUUUCGACGCGACGGAAUUCCUGUCCGACUGUGUGUGUGCGUGUGUGUGUAUGCGUGUGCGUGUGUGUGUGUGUACGUUCGACUGUACACAAUUAUACUUACUUACGGGCCAUUGUAUAGGUGCGUACAAUACCUAUUUACCGCCCGUGUUUACGCGGUCGUCGGCGACGCGACGGUUCUCGGACCGGGCGUGGAACGUCUUCCGUCGUAAAAUAUUUCCGACCGCACGCGCGUUUGCCUCUUUUAUUUCGGUACGAUGGUUUUCAUGCGAACCGUCUCGGUCCAGCGACUUCCGGGCAUUUUAAAAAAUGAAUUAAAAAAAUAAAAAAAUAAAAAACAACGGCAAGUUUGUGUAUACAGCAAUAAUAAGACCCCGCGUUAACCCAUGAACACGAACACGAAACCUGGAACACCACACAGGAGAUUAAAACAAUUUGAGAAUAAAAUAUGGAGAAUAAUUUAAGGUCCUAUAUGUAUGAUAACAGAACAGGUGCGUGGAGAAGAAAACAUACCAGUCGGUAGGUUUAUGAGUGGUCGUAUCAAUGGUUUGGUUACGUAAUGCGCAGAAAUCAGGAAGUUAGAUAGCGGUGUCGGAAUGAAAACCUACGGGGAAGAGACCUCGCGGGCACCCUAGAAAGAGACGGAUAGAUAAAGUGAAAGAAAAUAGGAGUACGUGGGUGGAGAACGGUAGUGCAUAACAGAGAAGAGUGGAAGCAGAUCGUGAUGGCGGCGAAAACUCUUAAAGAGUAAUAAAUGCCAGUAGAAGAGGGAGAAGAAUCCGGCACUGUGUUGCUAAAAACAUUAAUUUCGCAUACUUUUUAUACUUUUAUAUUUUGAGAACCGCUCGUCGAAAAUAUUCCAAGGGGCCAGUUCAAUAUUAUACGUUUCUUGGGAGCUAGUUUAAUACCGCGUUUUUCGGAGGCAAAUCAGUGGUCACUGUUUUAGACUACUUGGGGGGGGGAGGGUUGAUGUAUCGUCCACAUCACGCCCUUUUAGCACGCCACAAAGCGUUUCUCUAGCUGAUCUGUAUAGUUCGCACGAUUAAGUACAAAUUGUUAAAAUGUUCGACGGAUUCGUCAAAAUAUCUGCGAGAAUAAUUACUACGGGAUUUAUUAACGAAUUUCAACAUCAGUAUAUUUACAUUUUAUCGUAUAGGUAAACGUAUCGUCAUCACUGUCGUAUUUUAAUAAUUGCUUGUUCUUACCUCGGUUAUUGCGGGCGCGAUAUUAUCGGCGUGAUUUAAGUAUUUAAAUAUUAUGUCGGACUACGCCAUAGUCCGGACCAUGUUUCAAACGAAUAUUUUGAAGUUUGACACGUAUCGUGGUGCCAAACCAAAUAUUUGACCUUGUAAACCGCGGGCUUCACUGUUUUCGAUAGUAUUUUUUUUUUUAAUUUUCGUCAAAAAAUUCAUGUUCGUAACUAGAAAUUAGAUUAAGGCGAGUGAAACGCCUCGAGUUGCCGAAAACCGACUCGUUAUACAGUUCCGGCGGUUCGAUCGAGUUUGCGGGUGAUAAAUAACUUUUUUGCCAACUAUGUAUUAUAGAUAGUUAGUGUAGGUACUAAAUUUUAUUUUAUUUUUUUUUUUUUUCUGGAUUAAAAAUUUAAAUAAUUUUAAAUCGGGUUUUCGUUUCGGGCAAUAAUUAUAAAAAUAUCAUGUAUAGCCUAUAGCGACAUUCAAAUUAUCUCAUAAUCACACCAAUUUAAGAUGAAAUAAAUGUAUUAUUUACAUAUUUUAACUCGCGCGCGUCCAUUUAUAUUUAUUACUACUAUAUAAAUGCGGUUUCUCAUUAAUCUUGCGGUUGGACGUGGACGAUAGAUGCGAUUUUAGGGAGGGGAAGGAGAGGAGUGUGAUGUGAGAUUGUUUCGAAUAGCACACGUUCUCUAAUCGAUCGGUUACUGUUAUUCUGUUCGUAAAAAUAUUCUACGACUCUUGUAAUACGGUCGGUCGAAAACGGACCAUAACGAUAUAUUUUAAAAUCGGAAACGAACGUUUUAGCGCUCAAAAACGCGAAAUUGUGCGCAAAUAUUCCGUUAAAUCAUGCCGAGAGAUACGGGCUGAAAUAUAUGUAGCGCAGACGAAUGCGACGAGAUUUUAAUAUGCGAAAAACGUAGAAAAUAUUGCAACGAACGAAUCGGGUGGUAUGCCAUCCCUAUAAAACGCCCGUGAGCGGCAGAGCUCCGUCGCUAUAUUAUACUAUAGAGUCGAAUUUCCCCUCCAAGUCGACUUGUCGCCGUUACGACAUAAUUUAUUUAUUUACAACUCAACACCUACAUUUGUAUUUGCUUGGGACCUAUGUUCACUAUAUAGACAUCCGUUGACAAAAAUGUCACCCCCAGUUUUAUUUUGGGUACACGGAGCUUUUGCGCUAUCGGAAUUAUUGCAGCAUCGCUUAAAUGCGUCUGUCUACAUUAUGCAGGUAUAGAACAACUCUAAUAAUUGCCGAGUUCGCGCGGAUCCGGAGGGAGCGUCUAUAAAUGGGUUCGAAAAGUGGCCGGGCCAAAGGUAAAUCAAUCUCGAUUCUUCGGGAAAGAUUCAACGAAAAAACUGCGCAGUUGCGCAGGGUCGAAAAAAUUCACGACUAAAAAAAAAAAAAAACAAUAAUAAUUAUAUACGCGAGCUUCGUCGCAAUAUAAUAAUAACCGUUAACAAUUACCGUCGUCGUCAUUAUUUCAUUAUUAUAACGUAUAAUCGUUAUUAUUGAUUUUUUGUGUUUUUUUUUUUAUAUACAUACAUUUUUUAUACCCGCCGGCGAUAUCCGCGGGGGUAUGUACGACGAGUACAUCCCGUAUAUCCCGGGUGUGGGUACCUCCGAAAUAAUACGCACCCUCGGGGUACGUCGAUCCGUAGUCGUCGUCGGUAUGCGAGCGUACUGUAAUAUCUUUCGCGACCUCGCGGGGGACGCUGAAAUUAUCGGGAGAAAAAAAUAAACGGGUAUCAACUACGUUAAAAAAACGUACGUUUCGACCGUCUCCGGGCUAUUAUGAUAUUAUGGGUAUACGUGUUAAUACUACACAAUAUACGGGCUUCUCGAGUUUUCAAGAGCCGUCGGAGGAACCCCUAAUUUAUCCGACCUAACAAUAAUUGCUUGUACACGUAUGAUACGCAGGACACGUAUAAAACCUACCGGAGAACGCGCCGAGUCGUUUUUAUUAUUAUUAUUAUUUUUUUUUUUUUUUUUUUUUUUUUUUUUUUUUUUUUUUACGACAAGACGAUAUCGACGGAUAAUAAAACAACCGUCGAGAAAUUCGUUUUUUUUUUUUUUCCGUUUUUACUACCUAACCAAUAAUACAUUUCAAAAAUACACGUACACACAUACCCUGAUGCAGCGUGGCACGGGGAACAAGAGCGUGUGGGCAUCACACGCGCCACUAUUAAAAUAUUACGGCCGCGGCAAAUCGAAAAACUCUCGUUUCCAACUCUCGGCCGUCGUCAUUAUCGAGACGAUAUACACGCGUUAUUAUAACAGCGAUUAUGUUAUUAUAAUUAUCGGUUUAAAAUUAUACACGUAUACACGUAUAUACAUAUCCUCCUCCUCCCCCCCCCCCCCCCCCGUAAGUAAACCCAUACCUAUAUAGGCGCGGUAGCUAUUUCUCUCCGCCUUCCACCCUCCCCCCUACCCCCCCAUCGGCGGCGGAGUUCGAAUUACCGCCGAAGACUUCUCUCUCUUUCUCUGUCUGUCUGUCUGUCUCUCUCUCUCUCUGUCUGUUUGCGCCUCGGGUUUUUCUCCGAGUUUUUAAAAAUCGUAAUAUUAUCCGACACGCGCUAAAGACCGAUACUCGUUCAAUAUUCAAAACGUGUACAAUUCGAUGUUAUUCGGCAUUCCGAACCAGUUCCGCGGGGCGUUACUAUUUCCGCCGUGCACGAAAAGCCGGACGCACUUCGCGCCGCUCGUGUAGGUCCGCACCGUGGGCAGGCGGUCAAUGUUGUGCACGUCAAUAACAGGACGCACGGGGUAAUAUUAUAUGAUCUACACCCGGUGUGCCGACGAUAAAUGCCGUCGAUUUCCCGGCGAAAGGCGUUUCGGGAAUCCCGAAAAAAUUGUCCGUAGGGUUCGGUUAGGUUCCGAGAGUGACCGGGGGGGGGGGGUGCGGUCUCGUCCGGUUUCAUUAAUUCAUAGACUCAACUAGGGAGGUGCUAGAAGGUUUUAGCGACCCCGAGUUUAAAAUUAGCGCCCCCGAAAACCCCACGCAGCUUUUCCGUAUAGUAACGACUUUAACCGUGCAUUUCAUAAUUAAUAGAUAGCUCUCGUGAGCCAUUGAUGUGUCUGUUAUUUUAGCACCUCCCAAGUUGGCGGUCUAGUUUUGCCAGUGCCCGUUAUUAGCUUAGGGGGGGGCUGAGGUAUACAAUGUUUUUCUUUUAAUAAUAUUAAACGGAACAAUUAAUUUUAACAAUUCAAAAUGAUUGUAUUAUGUUGUAGCUUGCACGGCUGUAUGAAUAUUUUGUUUCAACCGCGGUAAAAACUGCAAUAUUAUGAUUUAUGACGAUAUAGUUUUAUCGUCACUGUUGUUCGUCGAACGCCGGGUUUGAUUGCUAGCAAAUAAUAUUUAUUGAUGACGAGAUGUGUAUUUAAAAUAAAACGCGCAAUUUCGUAUUUUUAAACAAAAUGUGUAUAAUAAUUUCGGCAAGGGAGAUGUACGCUCUCAGAGCUCUUUAUAUACACUUGGAUGAGGGCGAUGCCCGUAAAAAUUUUCGCUCCCGGCCAAAAUUCUGAUGUUACGCCACUGAUUUCUAUCGACGAAAUCGGAGCACUUUCAACACGCCCCGUAUAGUUAAACUGGUGACUUUUCUUCGCUCAGUCGUUAUUUCCGAAUUUUCACCCGCCCGACUUGUUGCCGCGUUACAAUGUUUUAUUUAAUUUUUUUUUUGUUUUUGCCGACACAGACCAACGUGGGUCCGAUUCUGUUGUGCAUGAACUCAUACAAAGACGUCGGCAAUCCGAUGACACUGACCAGCAUGCGGGGCGCCGCGUUAGACUUCAAGUUGCACAAGGUGAUUUUGGACGCGGUUCGACAACAGACCGAGUCAGGAUAUCCGCAAGCGAUCAUACUUUCCGGUAAGUGCUGAUGCUUGCCGAAUCAUGUAGAAUUACUAAAAACCAUGUAAAAAUCGACGAGUUUGGUUGUCGGUGUAACUUUUGACUUGACAUUAUUUUUUUGCGACGAUGGUUACAGGUGUCAGCGGUUCCGGUAAGACGUACGCGUCAAUGCUGUUGCUGAGACAGCUGUUUGACGUGGCCGGCGGCGGGCCCGAAACGGACGCGUUCAAACACUUGGCCGCCGCGUUUACCGUUUUGAGAUCGUUGGGAUCCGCCAAAACGUCUUCCAACUCGGAAUCUAGUCGAAUCGUAGGCAUAAUAUUAUUUUACAAUAACCAUUGUCGAUUCCGAAUGUAUGCACCUAUAACCUAACCUACAUUAAAAAAAAAAAAAAAACAAAACGUUUUUUAACGCAUUUACAUUACUUAAACACGGAUACUAGGGGGUGUCCAAACAACCAAAACACUCCCUGAUUGUGUCACUGGACGAAACCACGGGGCAGGCAAAUCAAGCCGUGACCCAACCUAAUAUCGACAGGAAAACAAACACUGACUUUACAGAAUUCAAAAUAAAAAUCUUAAUCUCCCCUUUUUUUUUUUUUUCCCCCCCAGGGUCAUUUCAUCGAAGUGCAAGUGACCGACGGCGCCCUGUACCGGACCAAGAUACACUGUUAUUUUUUGGACCAGACACGAGUGGUGCAUCCGCUGGCCAACGAAAAGAACUAUCAUAUAUUCUAUCAGAUGUUGGCCGGUCUCACCCAAGAAGAAAGAGGUAAUAAUUUUUUAUUCGCGGCCGCUCGUCCCUAUACCACGCGCGCGCUUAUCGUUUCGAUCGCUUUGUCAUAAUAUUUGUGUUUUUCUUUAUCCCGCGUCCAGUGAAAUUACAUUUGGAAGGAUACUCGCCCACGAAUCUCCAAUAUCUCAUGCACGGCGAUACCAGGCAGGACGAGGCCGAGGACGUGGUGCGGUUUCAAUCGUGGAAAUCGUGUUUAGGUAUGAGCGAUGCGUACAUUUCAGCCCCGGACGUCAAUAUAUACCUAAUGACAUUUUUAAAUAAUAUACGUAAUAACCCUUCGGUGUGAUUUUUCAAAAAGGUCUCCUCGGCAUCCCGUUUAUGGACGUGGUCAGAGUACUCGCCGCCGUGUUGCUUCUGGGCAACGUUAAUUUCGUGGACAACGGAUCCGGCGAAGUGGUGGCCAAAGGCGAAACGGAAUUGGCGUCGGUCGCCCGGUUACUCGGCAUCACGUUCCCGUCGCUCUUCCGUGGCAUCACCACCAGAACGCAUUCCGAGACCACCCGGAACAACACCCAACUGAUAAAAACUACUUGCGACGCGAAUAUGGUGAGUUGUACGAAUUAUUACUGUAUGCGUUAUUACGACGGAUUAUCGGAUUGUUUGUAUUUUUCCCGACGUUCGUUAUAUUAAUUUAGAGAUAGGAUUAAUAUUCUCUUAUAAUUCACAAAAAGGCGCUUGAAAAAUUAAAAAAGCACCUAAAAACAUUUGAAAAUAGCAAAAACGAUAGAGGGGUUUAAAAGUCACCCCCCCCCACACUUUUGGUUUAAUCAUAUUACGAGUAAAUUGCCUAGCACUACGAAAAUGAUUGACACAAAAUAAUUGUUUUAAAUAAAAUAGUACGUAUUAUAAAGAAAAGAAAAAAAAUACUUUUUAUUUAUUAUUUUUGUAAUGUUAAAAAAUUAUGUUUAUAAGUCAAAUCUGUUAGAAGGGAGAGGACUUUUAAACCCUUCUAUUCAUUUUACAUUUUUAAAUAUUUUGCAAGUACUUUUUUAAUGCUUUUUUUUUUUGCGUUUUCAAUUACUUUUUUCGGAUUUUGAGAGCAUAUAAAUCCGAUCUAUAACAUAUUAUUAUUUAUUUUUGAUGUGUGUGCGUUUUCAGGCGAAUUCGAUUCGAGAUUCGCUGGCCAAAGCGUUGUACUGUCGGACCGUGGCCACGAUAGUGCGCCGGGCCAACAGUCUGAAACGACUGGGUUCGACGCUCGGCACACUGAGCAGCGAUUCCAACGAUUCGGUUCACAACCAAGCCGAAGUGGCCAGUCAACACGCGUCCACCGUCGGCACGGCCGGUUCCAAAUCCAGCAAGUCCAUGGCCGCACUGAACAACGCGGUCAACAUAGCGAGACACGCCACUGACGGGUCCAUCGGCAUCUUGGACAUGUUUGGGUUCGAAGAGCCGAAGGUACCCCCGACCAUAUUUUACAGUAUAACUCAAUAAUACAAUUACAAAUAUUUUCUAGUGGCCGGGCAUAACCGAAUAGUGUUGUCUCGAUUAUAUUUAUGCGUCGUCAAUUUAUUUAUCAAUUUUAUCGUGUUGACGGUUUCAUAAGUAUAUUAAUUAGUUCUAUCUGAACCAGGAGCGUCAUUUGAGGGAUUCAGACUGUACUUUGGCAGCCCUAUAUUUUUAAAUGGUUUUUUUUGGCCCGCAUAAAAUGUUACAAUUGGGCCGUCGUUGAUAAAAUGUAAAAUGCACACAUUAAUCGAACGACUAUCAAUGGCCGUCUCUACCUACCGGAGUCCGAUUGUCUGUGAUGUGACAUAGGGAAUUUUUACCACGGAUAAUUAUUGUCGACUCUUAAUUGUUAUCAUGGCUAAAAAAUCAGACAUGUCAGCGAGGUAACAGUGCGCGUCGAAACUCAAGUCGUAGUUUAGUAUCAAUGUUAUUGUAAAUGGCAACAAAUUUGUAGUCUUUAAACAGUAUUUUAAUAUUAAAAUGUAAAUUGAGACUACGAAUAUAAGCGAACUGAAAAUUUUUAGAAAAAUUGGCCUGAUUUAAAUAUUUACAUCAUUAUUGAAAAACUGAAAUGAUGAACGCCCCCGAUUUGAAUACCUUAAAAUGGGACCACCGUUUAGAUUAAUACAUUUUGGACAUAUUUGAAAUACUUAGGUUAUAAUAUUAUAUUGUAGUUUUUAUUAGAAUUUGCAAAAUAAUUUAUGUACCUAGUGACUAGGUUCUAGUCUCUUCCAACCGCAGCAAUUUUAAAAUGUGUAAAUAAUUUCGAAAAUCGGAUUUUUAGAACGUUAAAUCCUUUUUAUUAGAAUUCGGAUUUUGCUCAUCUGAAUUUGAGGAAAAUAUUCGAAUAUAAUCGAUUAUGAGAGAAAACUAUUCGUAUAGGUAGGAGUAGUUAAUAUUUGUUUAUAGAAAAACUAUUUGAAUAGUUUCUAAUCGGUUAUGGGGAAACCUAAUAGAAUAAAAUAUUCAAAAGUUCUUCCGAACUAUGGAAAACUAACGUCAGUAAAUUAUUCGGAAGUGCUAAUUACUAAUGUUUUCUAACCUCAAUAUUUAUCGUUAUUAAUUAUUAAUUUCGAACUAAUCAUUUACAGCCCAGUCAACUGGAACACUUGUGUAUCAACCUUUGCGCCGAGACAAUGCAGCAUUUCUACAAUACUCACAUAUUCAAAUCUAGCAUCGAAUCUUGUCGCGACGAAGGAAUACAUUGUGACGUUGAAAUCGACUAUGUCGACAACGUCCCGUGCAUAGAUCUCAUAUCUUCAUUGGUAAGAACAUUGGAGAAGGCUCCUUCCACUGGCUUACGUAUUCAAUUUACGUUAUUUUUUUCGUUUUCAUUGAAACAUUGUUUAUCCCGCAGAGAACCGGAUUGUUGAGCAUGUUGGACGUCGAAUGUUCCGUCAACGGGUCGGUAGAGCUGUAUCUGAGAAAAGUGAAAUCCCAACACAGAAACAAUCCAAGACUCUUCGAAACCAAAUCGGUGGACCAGAGAUCUUUCGGCAUACAACAUUUUUCUGGCAGGGUUAUAUACGACGCUUCGGAUUUUCUCGGUAAAAAUCAAAACCACAGUUAUCUACCUAAUUGACUCAACGUUAGAUAAAUGUGAUCACAAUCUGUACCUAUCUAUAAUGCAUAUAUUUCGUAUGGGUCACUGCUGUAGGUCUGUGACUUUAUUGAGUAUAAUCAUUUAUAUGCGAUUUCAGAAACCAACAAGGAUGUGGUGCCUGACGAUCUGGUGUCCGUUUUCCAUAAACAGUCAUGUUCUUUUGGUUUCGCCACGCAUUUGUUUGGAAGCGAGCUAAAAGCGCUGUACAGUAUAGAAACUGUACCAAGAGGAAUAAAAUUCCGAAUAUCUCCGACGUCUCAUUCCGAUCUGUAAGUAGGAUAUUAUUAUAUUUACUCAAAAAUAUUCAUAAAAUUACAUUUAGUUAAUUUUAUUCCGUUUCGACAGUUAUAAACAAAUGACGAAAUAUAUUUGUUAACACUGUUAUGUUACUUACUGGACAAUCUGAACUUCUUCAAAGUAUCUUCUUUCUCUCUUAGGCUUUUUAUAGGUCUUUCAAGCCCAUCACCGCAAUAAAAACGCCUCCAUUAUUCCCUGUAUUUUGCAGUUUCUUCUACAUGCCUUACUCCCAAUGUCCUCAAAUCUUCAAAAUAUACACAACUCAAUAACUACAUGCAUACUUUCAACGCAAUAUGACUGAAAGCCCAAAUUCAAAUAGUUUAUAAUUAACAUUUAUUUUUCUACAUCGCGUUUCAUUUUACAGAUUAAACGGCAACGAACCCGUGUCGACGUUAACGCAAGACUUCCACACUCGACUGGAUAAUUUAUUAAGAUCUCUGGUACACGCCAGACCUCAUUUUGUCCGUUGCAUUAAAGCAAACGCCACAGAAACUCCGGACAAAUUUGACCGAGCCGUUGUUAUGCGACAAAUACGCUCGUUACAAGUGUUGGAAACUGUGAAUUUAAUGGCAGGAGGUAAACAGACGUUAGAACUAUAAUAACAAAUAAUAAAUAAUUGUGUUUACAAAAUGUGUAUCAAUUAUUUAGGUUAUCCCCAUCGUAUGCGGUAUAAAGCUUUCAACCUCAGAUACAAGAUGUUGGCACCGUUUAACAGACUUUUACGGACUGACGAUCGAGCGACUGAAGAUUGCCAUCUAAUACUGCAAUGUAUCGAAGACAGAAUAGACACAAAACAGAGUGAAGUGAGCAUGAGUUGGGCAUUCGGCAAAAGACACGUCUUCCUGAGGUAAGUAGUUAUUAUAUCUACUAUUAUGGUAAACAGUAAAAUAUCGUAAACUUUUAAUUCACUUGUACCUACUUGUAAUUUUUUUAUUUAGCGAGGGUGUAAGGCAACAUCUAGAAAAACUUCGAUGGCAGACUCAUCACAAUGCUGCUGUACUGAUACAAUGUACUUGGAGAAGUUGGAGGACCAGGAGGAAAUGGCCUGGCACCAAACGAAUUAUGCAAAUGCAACAAGUUUCCAACCCGAUCGUACAAUGUAUGUGUGUUAUAAUGUAUAGGACAUUUAAUUUGUCUACUAUGAGUACAAAUUUGAAUUUAAGUGUAUUCUAAUGGUUAUUCUUUACCCAACACAAUUUCAAAUUUCAAUAAUUAAUCAGAUAGUCUGGUUUUGAGCAGUUUUUAAGGUUCAUUCUUUCAAGUACACCUGUACAUUUAAAUAAUAAUUAAAAAUUUAAAAAUAUAAAUAAAGUAAAAGAAAUAAAUAUCCACACAACUUUUAUAAUUCUCUAGGCUUUGUUUUGUCUCUUUUUUUUCUGAUAAUUUAUUUAUUUGUUUUUAAUAUAUACGUAUAUAUUGUUAUUUUUAUUUAUUUAAGUAUUUUAUUUUAUCUAUAUUUUUUAUUUUCCAUUUUUUAUUACCUAUUAAUCUAAAACAACUUUUGUUUUUUUUAAAUAAGUAUUGAUCAAAUUGAUGUUGUAGAGAUUAAUUUAUAUAUACGUAGAUUAUAAAAUAAAUGGGUAUACACUGGAUUUCUCGUUUAUACAUUUUCACUGAUGAAAUAUAGUAAAAUAGGUAUUGUGUACAUUUAUUUGAUAAUUUAUUUAUUUUGUUUUGUUUAAUUAGGUCUCAACAAUAAAUUGGGUAUAAACGGUCGGAAAAUGAGUAAUAUUAACUCAACUUCUGGAAGUCAAAUACCUAACGCCGGAAUAAAUAACAGCGGCACAGCAACUUUGACAAGACCCAGACCUCAACCCAUAACAGGAACACCUCCUCCAGAUCAAAUUGAAAAAUUUGAUCAGAAAAUAAUACAGACUUGUAAUCUUUUUGGAUUGAAUUUGGUAAAUAAUAAUUUUCAAAUAUAUUAUACAAGUAGUUAAUAAUUUGAAAAGUUAUUAUGUAUUUGAAUAGAUUUUCGUUUUCCAAAAUAUGUAAUAUUAUGUGUUACUUUUACUUACUAAUCUUGAUUAUAGGCUUUUAAGAUGACUAUCUAUUUAAAAAUCAAUGACGUCUUUAGGUUUUAUAAAACAAUUACUAACACAAAAUGUUGUCACUAUUUUUCAGGAAAGACCUCCACCGUUACCUCCAAGUCGUUCAUAUACAAUAUCAGGCAAUACAAAAGUAGGGUAUCCACAAAAUCGUAUCAUGAAAAAAUCGUUUCCAGGUAAUACGAUAUUAUCAAUAGUAAAAGACCAAUAAAUUGUUUGGUUUUGUAAAAGGGAUACUAUAUGAAUAUUUUGAAUAAUAAUAAUAUAAUUUUCAGAAGAAGGAAACUGUGAUGUUACACUGAUGAAAGGUGAUACGGUCAUUGUGGUAGGCACAUCCAACCGGAGAGGACAUCUUGUUGUCGAAUACUGCAACCGUAGUCUGGAUGUACCAUUCCAAUUUUUAGAAUUGAAACCAAGACCCGUUGCUAUUUAAUACGUCCUUUGUUCCACAUUCUUUGUUUCUUUUAAAUUAAGAAAUGAUUAUGGUAUAAUCAACGCUCAAAUAUGAAACUUAUGAUCAAACGUUAAUUUUUAUUCAUCUAAUGUGUACAUUAUCCAUUAAGUUUCUAGUGUAGAAGAUGGCUGUCUAUAACGCCGAAAACUAUGCUUUAUUUGAAUAACCGUUAAAUAACUAAUGUAUAAUCAUUUGUGUUAUAGAAUUUUAGUACAAAUUGAUAUUUUCCAUUCCUGUAUAAUUUAUAUUUUUUGUAAUUAGGACAUUACGAUUAUUUUAAGUUUUAAUUCUCUUUAAGAUUUAUUAUUUUUUUUUUUUUUAAAUUAACUACUAUAUGUAAUAAAUUAUUAUGUUUUAUUGUUAUUUUAUUAUUAUUAUCGUGCCAAAAUUAUUUUUAUAUAAAUACUACAGAAUACACAUGAUGACAUUUUAAGUUAUUUUAUCAAAAAUCUCGUUUAAGCCAUGUCAUGUGAACUUGAAACACGAAAGUUGAAUCCAAUGACUGACGUUGUAUGUCGUAAUAAAACUUGAGACUGAGAUUUUUAAGUUUUUAUUUUUUUUUUUAAAUCUGAAUCGUCAGACUUAAUUUUUAGUAAAGUAAAUUCAUAUGUCACAUAUUAUCAUUUUUUAUUUUAUUUUUUAUCAAUUUUUUAAAAAUUGUUUCAAUAAUAUUAUAUUUAUUUUGAAAUACAAUUAUACGAUUACUGUUUGAAAUUUUACCAAAAACAAAUAUGUUAAAACAUGUACAUUGCAUUGGUUUUACUACUUUCAUUAGCACAAAAAUUACCAAAAUGUCUAAGACUGGUAAAACUAUUCCAAUAACGAUAGGGACUAGGGUAUGACAAAUAAUUUAAUCAAGUGAAAUAUUUAUAUAAUUAUAACAUGAAUAGGCAAGUGUUGAGUUUUCUGACACACUGUCGACAUGUUGACAUGGAUUUUUCUUUUUGAAAUUGUUAUUUUUAUUCCAUAGAGAGAUUAGAUGAAAUUUACCUGUUUAUAGUACACUAUCUACGAUAAAUAUAAUAC